GGUCGGGCCAUUGACUUUGACGUCUGGAUAGAUGACCUGCAGCUUUUCUUACAGUGCGACAGAGCAGACGGCCUCUCCCUCUUUGACCUCACUUCUGGUGCCUCCCCUGCCCCCGCUGCUGAUGCUGACGCCACUGUUCGCUCACAGUGGGCCACGCGCGAUGCUGCUGCACGUCUUGCUGUGCGUCGCCACCUGCCUACCUCUGAGCGUGCGCACUUUAGCCAGUACAAGAGUGCUCACACCUUGUACGACGCUGUAGUUGCGCGCUACUCCUCCCCUGCCACUGCUGCACUGAGCCGCCUCAUGCUACCGUACCUCUUCCCUGACCUUGCUGCCUUUCCCACAGUCGCUGACCUCAUUACGCACCUCCGCACUAGUGACACUCGCUACCGCGCUGCGCUUCCUGCUGAGUUCUGCGCCAAGAACCCCCCCCCCAUGUACAUCACCCUCUACUACAUAGUCACCCGGCUCCCUGACUCCCUUCGCGUAGUCAGGGACCACUUCCUCUCAGUUUGCCCCACCACUCUCACCGUUGACCUCCUCGAGCAGUCCCUCCUAGCAGCAGAGAAGAGCAUAGUCGCUGUAGGAGCCUCUCGUGGUGACCCUCGCACCCCCAUCUUUGAGGGGUGUUCCCCCUCCCCCCUUUUGCCAUCUGUUGCCUCUGCUGCUGCGGCCGACCUCGUUGGGCUUGAGUCGGUCGGUGCGGCGUCUACCCCUAGCGGGAGACGCCGCCCUGGCAAGGGCAAGGGGGGCAGGGGCACUGGAGGAGCUAGCGGGGGCGGUGGAGGCGGCGGUGGAGGCAGUGGAGGGGGUGGGGGUGGCGGUGGGGGUGGUGGUGGGGGUGGAGGUGUCGGUGGCGGCGGUGGAGGCGGAGGCGGCGGCGGCGGUGGCGGUGGGAGCGGAGGUAGCGGCGGUGGAGGAGGCGGCGGCGGAGGAGGUGGAGCUGGUCGGGGUGGCGCUGCGCAGAGGGUUGGCUCCGGUGGUGGUCAGCGCCAGCAGCAGCAGCAGCAGCAGCAGCGCACUCGUGACAUCCCCCCCCCCUCAGCAGCUCCGUGA